CUUUUCCUCGCGGACCUGCUUUGCUGCUUUGCCUUCCCCUACAGCGAGGAGCUCCGCUUUCUCCUCUAUUUAUUUCUAAACCGUUAUUGCUUAACCGCAGCCCCAGGAGUGCCUUUCCAUGAUGCCCGCGGAGGCGGCGAGCAGCGGCGGCGUUUCGGAGCCGCCCGGAGUCCCGCGGGAGCGGCGGAGGAGACGCGGCCGUGCGCGGGCGCGGACGGAGGCUUUGCUGCACACCCUUAAACGGAGCCGGCGCAUGAAAGCCAACGACCGGGAGAGGAACCGCAUGCACCACCUCAACUCCGCCCUGGACGCGCUCCGCAGCGUCCUGCCCACCUUCCCCGACGACACCAAACUCACCAAAAUCGAGACGCUGCGCUUCGCCUACAACUACAUCUGGGCCCUCUCCGAGACCCUCCGUUUGGCCGAGCAGUGCCUCCCUCCUCCCCCCGCCUUCCGCGGGCCCCCCGCGCCCCCCAGUCCCGGCAGCGACGCCGGUUCGUGGCUGUCCAGCGGUUCCCCGGCCGCCCCCUCGCUCUGCGCCUCCGCCUCCGGUCCCAGCAGCCCGGCCACCUCCGAGGACUGUGGCUACGUCCCCUCGGACGCCCUGCGGGCCUUUCGCGGGCUGCCCCCCGCCGCCCCUGGCGCUCCCUGCCGUUAGCCGUGCCCGUGCGUGUCUCCGUCCCCCUUCUCCGUAUCCCGUUGCACUUUUCAGCCCCUCCCGCCCCCCAACCCCUCUCUCCGGGGUGCCCUUUCCCUUCGCCCCCCCGCCUCGUUUUCCAUACGACUUGGAAAACCCGGCAAAGAAAAGCGACAGAUUUGCUGCCGCAGACGAGGUGAAAAGUCAAUUUUACAAUUUGUAGCUCUCCGGAGAAGAAAAACGAGCAUGAAAAUUUGGUUUGAACGCCUUGACAAUGCGAUGAAAAGGCUUAGGGGGCCGAUGCGGCCCGGGGCGCAGCACGGGGCUCAGCGCGCUGCCGCCCCCCUCUCUUAGUUCCCCCCCACCCCCCACGCCCGGGGCGGCUCAGCCCCUCCCGGGGGUCCCAGCACCGCGCCCGAUGGGACCCUCACCCGACGGCCUCAUGCAUUAUAGAUGCUGACCCCCGGCGAGGCGGUCCUGCUUCAGAGCGGGAGCGCACACCGGGUAUUGAGCCACUGGGCCGGUUUAAUUUAUUCAAGAUGUUCAUUCAUAUGAAAAUUGUAUUUUUGUACAUAAAGAGCUUUAUUCUAUUAUUAUGCCUCUUAUCAAAGUGGGUUCUUUUUUUUUUUUUUUUUUUUUAAGAAAAUAAUUGUACUUUACCCUGUAAAUAAAAAUUUUUAACGUUUUUUACUGAA